GAUAUCACUCGAUUACGAGAAGCAGUCAGUGUAUCGUAUUCCAUUGGUGGUCACAGAUGCUGGUGGACGACGUGCCUUUUCGACAUUGAUUCUGAACAUUCUCGAUGAAAAUGACUGUGCACCGAAAUUCAUCUCUUCCGUCUAUGAGACGUCGGUGUUGGCGGACACCGAGGAUGGACAGGCUUUGUUCAUGGUAUUUGCUGUCGACGAGGAUGUUGGUGACCAAGUCGAGUAUACGGUAGUACCGGACGGCGACACUCGUUCAAGUUAUAUUCGAGUUCAUCCGAGACAAGGAAUUGUCUCUUUGCGAAAAUCUGUUCGAAAUAUUGGUUUGAUAAUU